AUGUGUCGCUGCAGUGCAGUUAUAAAAACUCUGAUUUUCCUCAUAUUUUCUCUUCAUUUUUCAUCAGCAGUUAAACACACUCUGCAGUACAUCUACACUGGAGUUACACCAGGAAUAAAUUUCCCAGAAUUCACUGCUGUGGGUCAGUUGAAUGGACAGCAGUUCGACUACUACGACAGUAAGAUCAGGGAAAUGAUCCCGAAGACGGAGUGGAUAGAGAAGAAUGUGGGAAAAGAUUACUGGGACAGUGAGACAUGGAAAAUGCGGGAUGCUCAGGAGACCUUCAGAGUCAGUAUGGGUAUACUGACGCAGUGCUUUAAUAAGACUGAAGGAGUUCACACAUGGCAGCGGAUGUACGGAUGUGAGUUUGAUGAUGAUGAUGAUGACACCACUAUAGGAUACGAACAGUACGCUUACGAUGGGGAAGAUUACAUCAGCUUUGAUCUAAAGACUCUCACCUGGACCACUUCGACACAUCCAACUGUGACCACCAAGUACACCAGGGAUGGUGUUGCUUUAAAUAAUGAUCAUGUGAAGAACUACCUGGAGAAUGUUUGCAUUGAAUGGCUAAAGAAGUACGUGUCUCACUACAAAGAGACUCAGAGGAACAAAGUUGUUCCUGAGGUGUCAGUGUUCCAUAAACACUCUCCUUUUCCAGAGGUGGUGUGUCACGCUACAGGUUUCUUCCACAAACCACUAAACAUCACCUGGCAGAAGGACGGAGAGGACGUGCAUGAAAACAUGGAGCUCAGAGAGACAUUACCCAACCAGGAUGGAAGCUUCCAGAGGAGAAGCAUUCUGAAAGUCCCAGCUGAGGAGCUGCAGAAACACACCUACACCUGCGUGGUUCAGCACAGCAGCUUGGAGAAGGAGUUAGUGCUGAAUGUGAGCCAGUGUCGAAUCUUGACAGGAUUCGGACCUUUUCCCAUCAGUCCCUGUAAGUGA